GUGGUUCACGGAUUGUUCGGCUUCAAGUUCCGCCCAGCAGCCGAGCGUGUCAUCGACUCUGGCGACGACACCAAGGCGCAGCCGGGCCCGUCGUCGCCGUCUGGAGAUCUCUACGGCGGGAUGCAACGCGUGGAGUCUAUUGAUUUUCAAAGUGACCAGGUAAACGCCCGGCACAACGACACCCACGUCGACCCUCCGGUUCGCUCCGAGGCGCUCGGGUUGGCCACAGACCGGAGGGACCUCGAGAACCCGCCUCAGCAUGCCGACGCCAGAGUACCCAACCUCUCCACUGGGAAUGCCCCUCUACAUGAAGCCGGAGUGGCCGAGCGAAGCGACGCAAGUCUACCGGGGAAGGAAUCUCGCUCCGGAGCCAUCAUUGCCCAUCACACGUAUAUACCCUGGUCGACAGCUUCGCCCGCCAACAUAAUCGGCAGUCCAUCCAACGGAAGGAAGCCGUCUCUGCCACACCAAGUUCCGAUGCCGGCACUGGGACCUUUUCCGCCCAACUACGUGUCUUUGGCCCCUGUGCCCAGGCUCACCAAACCCGACGUGAUGUUAUUUUCCUGCACCUUUGAGAACCACAACUGCGGCAUGCGCAAUCAGAAGAACAUCGGACGCCACUUCAACCCGGAGAAAAAUGGGCUCCAAAACCGAGAAGGCCGCUACAUGGUUGUCCACGCCGAGAACGUGGGCUACAACGUGUCUCGCCUGAUCACGCCUUACUUGCCGGGCUACCCUAACGCCACGGCCUGCCUGAGCAUCUCCUACAUCGUGUCCGGCGAGGGCGCCGACAGGCUCGAGAUCGUGGCCCAGGACACCGUCAACCGGCACCUGUUCAGGCUGGACAAAGACGGGCCCGGCUGGAGGCACUUCGCGUCUCCCAUGGCCGCGCACCAGGACGUGCGAUUCUUCAUCGAAGCCUACACGACUAGUCGCGCCAAAGGGGUGAUCGCCAUUGACAAUUUUCAAUUCGGAUUUGGACCGUGUUCAAAGCAGAAAUAAGAACGAAGCAAGUGCCUAGACGGCGCAUGCACUCCUCGAUGACAGGACGUGUCCAAGACAGGUCCGACAAGCGGCUCUCAUUCACAAGGACCUGUGUUCAACCACGUGUACAUUAUUUAAUACCGAGUUUCCAAUAAACUUCUACCACUGUUGCUGUUAGAAUUGUUUA